GGCUCUGCUAGUCUGCUUUCACAGCUGAGUUUUGUUCUCAGAGACUCAGACUGUCUUCACUCUUCAGAGUUCGUUCCAUGACUUCAGAUUUCGUCCUUUGUUGCUAAUUUGUGAGGCUACUGAUUAUAUCUCAGUGGUAUUGAAGGAGAAAUUUGUAAAAGCUAUUGGUUUACUUUUCAAAGCCAUACAAUGCGUGUACAGUGUGCUGUCUGUUGGGAUCCCUUUUGUGACUCUGAUUUUGUCAUGGCUCCACGAUGUGGACACUUGUUCCACAACAAAUGCAUUCAACAAUGGCUUGGUACCCAUAGAGAUUGUCCAACCUGUCGUCAAGCCUCUUCAAUUAGAGAACUUCGAAGGGUAUUUUUGGAUUCUGUUGAAGUGGACCCUGCCGACCUACAACUUAAACUGGAUGAAAUGUCAAGGGAACUUAACACUGAAAAACAACUCAAGCAGUUUGCCGACGAAGAGUUAAGAAAAUGUCGAAAGCUUCUUAGCACUUCCCGCCUUGAACUUAAGAAAACCAAGAAUCAAUUGAAGAAGAAAGUGGACUCUGAAGAUCUUCAAAAGAAGUUGGAAGAAAUGACCAGGGAGCGUAAUGCUCAACUACAACUAAAUCAGUUUGCCGACGAAGAGUUAAGAAAAUGUCGUGUACUCCUUAUCACUUCCCGCCUUGAACUUAAGAAUGCGAAGAAGGAAUUGAAGGAACAAUCCAGCUUGGCAGAAGCGGAAAAAGCAACAUUAAAAGAGAAGCUUGAGGCCUUUACGGAGUCGAUCUCAUCGCCGAGUGGUGAUCCUCCCCACUCUGCGCUAUCGCAGUUUAAAAAAAUGAAAUUCGAUCUGGUACCGUCAACAAGCGGAGGAUGGGUUACUACCAAAAAGGUAAAUGGGUGGAUCAUCACACCAGGUUCCUCCAGUUCAUCAAGUUAAUCACUGUAAGGCACUACAAAGAAGAGAGGACAAAUGAAAAUUAAAGAUCCAUUGGUGAAACCGAUGAGAGGUUGCUGAAAUUCAAGACUGAUUGCUAAAUUCUCGACUCUGAGGUUGUACAAAAAUCCUCAUCAUCCACUUGUAUUGUAAAUAUUUUCCAUCUUUUGCCUGUUCAUUUCGUCAUGCCAAGUGUGCACUGUCCUCACCGUUUAAGACUAUUUAAUCAACCCAAGAUGCCAAAGUUCCUGUCUUAAAUCGAUAAUCGAUCAAUUAUUUAAUAUUCUUCAUAAAAUACCGUAAGAAAUUUAUAGCCACGGCGAGCAAUUUUUGUAACAUGUUCUGCUAAAUUUUUCUAGCUCGAUCAGCAUAAGAAAAGUAUAAAAAAUGUGACACGAUUUUUCUUGUAUACAGAUUGGCCGAUUUCGUAUACUUGAGGAUUGAAUACACAAUAUGUUGACUUUGAAA